AUGGUGUCAGGAGGAAAGAGGAGGAGGGUCUUCUUGCUUGUAAUCCAAAAAUUUCUUCUACCAAUUGUGUUGUGCGUAACAAGUAGGUGCUGCAAAGCCCAGCAAAUGAAUGAUCAGAACUGCACUUCGUCUUGCGGGAAUAUCCGUGACAUACACUACCCUUUCCGGCUGGAAGGCGAUCCCCAGCACUGUGGUCUUCGCGACUACCAACUUGCCUGCAACAACAAUCACACCAUACUAUACCUUAAAACUCAUCCUCAUGCAGAGUACGACUACAAAUACAACUACUCCUUCUACGUGGAGGCAAUCACUUAUGACAACUUCUCCAUUCGACUUGUUGAUCCCGGUCUAGACAAGGAUAAUUGCUCUUCUCUUCCACUUUAUUCUCCGCAAGGUGGUUCUUUUUUGAGAUUCUAUCCGUCACGGAGAGCCACUCCUUUUUUUUCAGAUUCAUAUUAUUAUGAUGUUGCUGUAUUCAUAAGCUGCCAAAGUCCUGUAAUUAGGAGUGGAUAUGUGGACACUGGCUUUUGUGAUAAAAGAAACACUAAUUCCACCUCCAACUCUACUUCACCAUCUCCAUUGAAAAAUCAUAAUUAUGUUGUAGCCGGAGGUAUGGUUAUCUCAGAACUGGAGGACUCCUGCAGCAUCAGCAAUCUGGUUUGGACAACAGCAAAUAUUUUACGGCUCCUGACGGGAGUCAACAAUUCUUUUUCGGACUUAUAUGACGGGCUCGCAUAUGGGUUUGAGCUUAGAUGGUACGGCGUCUAUUGUGGACAUUGUGAAGCAAGAGGCGGCGAAUGCUAUCCCAGAGAAAAAAAUAGAAUCUAUUGCGACUACUGCUCUUACUUAACUUUUGCUCUUGACACCCGUAUAUUCCAUUGUGAGUGAAUAAAGAUUUUGCUUUGAUGCUCUCAACAUAAUUCUUGUCUGCAAUUUAAUUUGUUGGAAAAUAUACACUUUUUACUCUUUCUUUCUAAGCAACUAAAUUUUCCGCCCGACGCAUGUUGAUUGGGCAUCCCUACAAGCUAGGAAUUACAAGAUUGUAAGAACAUUGCAUGAUUUAUUUCUGCCUUUUGAUAUUAUUUUUCCUUUUUUUUUUCUUUUUUGUGGGAACAUGAUAAUAAGUAAGCUAGGUUUGAUAUGUUUAGAUCGUAGUUAUUAGGUGGAGGAAAGAGAAGUGUUUGGACUGGAUUCCUAAAAGGGGCUCUUUUGAGCAUCUUUUUUUACCCCCUUUUUUUCCUGGUUUCAAUUAUAAAUUAUAAAAUUCUCAGCAAGAUAGAAAAACUUUGAUACAUACUAUGUCCCGAAAACUUUGAUUUAAUGGGUAUAGCUAGGUUGUAAUAAGUCGAGGCUAUAGACCUGAACAUUCUCAAGCAAGUCUUACGAAUAAAGUAGGAAAACACAAUUACCAAAAAAAUUAGAUAAAGGUAAAGGCACAUUAGAUUUUUGCAUUAUGCAUGAAAGAUAAGAACUGUGCUAAGUUGAACCAUACUUCUAUUGGUGGAUCAAAUGAUAUCAUAGGAUCACAACAGAAAAUAGGAAAAUCAUAAUCAAAGUCAUAAUAUAUGGUAUUUCUAAAAAGUCAUGCCAGUAAAUUAUAAUAUCAUUUCGGUUUGCGAAUGAGAAAUCAAAAGACUGUGGUGUUACAAAAUUCUCUUGAUAGUAAUUUCAACUAAAUAAGAUUAUCAACGUACAAAACAUGUCAGAUCUAUCUUGUGACCAC